AAUGGAAACCUUGAGGAUUUCGCAAUAUUUUCCAAUAAGUUAAAGAAUUGCACAUUACGCGAAAAAAUGGAUUUAAAAGGAGGCAAAAAUAUGAAUAUUUUAUCAACCUAUUCAAAGAUUUUUGUAUAUUUUCCAUGGAAGCUGAUCAGGAAUAUUUCUGGUCUGAUGAAUGCAAAAACCCACGCCAAUCACAAAGCUAUGAUAGCCACGCUGGUGUCGAACACCAGUUGGCUUCUUUAAAAGACAAGUCAAUAAUAGUGAAGACAUAUUAUGUUUGGACUGGAGAAGAUCAAUUUACAAAUAGAUAUUUGGAGAAAUUUGACAGAAAUGUUAUGAGCAAAGACUUGAAACCAUUUGUUAUGUAUUCAAUGAACAAGAGAAGAAAUUGGGAAAUUGAUAAAUCAGAUCGGGUAGAACUUAUGGGACAAAUACAGGAGUUGCAUAAAGGGGAAGAUGUUAUGUUUUUGGAAAGAGUUUCAAUGAGCACUUGGGAAUGGCAAACUAUCUUCCGAUACGAGUUUUAUUGGAAUGAACUCAAAAUAUGUACAAUGCAUGAAUUGGACACUUAUGCUGAUGUCAAACCAGAAUAUAAGAUAACAUCGAUUGACUCGAUACAUGGACAACACCCAAACAAUUUUUUGGCUUGGAAUAGAACAUCAAGCAAAACUGAUUCAGAGUUGAUUCAAAAUGAGAAACUCCAAAACUUGGAAGUUGGAAAAAGAACUGUAGUUGCUUAUCAUUUGAUAAAACCACCAGAAAACUACAUGUCCGUAGGAAAAAGCAAUUUUCGAAGAUACUAUCAUACCUAUAAAGGAAGACAAGAUGCUUAUUGGGUGAGAAAAAAUAGGGAAAAGAUGAUCACCUUGGAUUUGAGAUACGAAGACUUUUCGGAUUGCGAUGAGACUGAAAUCACUAUGGAUAAUGAAAUUGAGAUUGAAAUUGAACAGGAGAAAACGAAGAAACAAUUUUACAAUUGGGAAGAUCAUAUUGUUGAAUAUUUUGUGCAUGUGAAAAGAAAGAAAAAGAUGAACGGGAAUAGAAUAUAAGACAGUUUUCAAAUGUUUUUUUUUCGGUAUGGUUCUUUUAAUAAAUUUUAUUAUAUCCAUU